CUACAAGACAAGCCUUUCGCUACACUCGCAUUAACAUCUGCUAACCAUGUGUGACCCAUACAAUGGAUUUGAUAGUAACAUGAUGAUAAAAGGAUAACAGAUGCUGUACACUGUUGUAAUAAUAUAACAUCACACUGCUGAUAGAAAUAUAAUGUAAUGACAGCUGUCUUGUUUUGGUUGAGAAAUGUAUUUUCGUUUGUUUUGCCUGACUUCUUUCCGUCGGAGGCCGGUAAAACAUGCACAAACACUACGCUGAUACGACGCUCACGAACAUUUCCUGCCGCAUCUCAUAAUCCAGACCAAACUCACUCGGAAAGUGGAUACGUGUUUCCCGCUUGCUCUACGAGACCUCACCAUAUCCAACUAUUUUCAGCCAAACAAUUAGCUACAGGAAAUCAGUUCCAGAUCCACCUCUAGCCUACCAUGUCUGAACCAGGUUCUGGUUGUGGUGUUCCAGUCCAGAGAAGCUCACAGCAGGGUCCAGAGAUGCUGUCAGUGAAGCUGGGGGACUGCAGUCAAACAGUGGAACUCAAUGUGAUUGUCAAAGAGGAGGAGGAGGAGAGAGAAAUCAAUGAGGGGGAGGCGGAAGAGCGAGAGGAGGACAGGGACUCUGUUGACUCAGGAAUGAGCCCCAACCCAGACUCAGUCAACAAGCCCAGUUCCACAGCAUCAAGACUACCUGGACAAGGGAGUUAUUCGUGCCCUCAAUGUGAGAAGAGUUUCAGUUCCUCAACUAUUCUAAAGAAUCAUCAAAGAGUACACACUGGAGAAAAACCUUUCCACUGCUUGGCAUGUGGGAAGAGUUUCAGUGAGAAAGUAAACCUUAAGAGACACGAGAGAGUACAUAGUGGAGAGAAGCCUUACCACUGCACCCAAUGUGGGAAGAGCUUCAAUCAUUCUGGAAGCCUUAAGGAACACCAGAGAAUACAUACAGGGGAGAAGCCUUACCACUGCGCUCUUUGUAGAAAGCAUUUCAGUCAGCCAGGAAGCCUUAAGAAACACCAGAGAAUUCAUACAGGGGAGAAACCUUACCACUGCUCACAGUGUGGAAAGAAUUUUCGUUUCGCAGGAGACCUAAAGAGUCACCAGAGAUCACACAGUGGAGAGAAGCCUUACCACUGUUCUCAGUGUGGCGAGGGAUUCACUCAGCUCAGGCGUCUUAAACGUCAUCAGAGGAUACACAUUGGAGGGAAGCCUGUCUGUGUUUUAAAUGUGAUUGUCAAAGAGGAGGAGGUUGAGAGGGAAAUCAAAGAGGAGGAAAAGCGAGAAGUUGAGGAAGAGGAGGACAAUAGUGGUAUUGUUGACCCAGAUACAUCAACAUUACCUGGUUGUAGUCUUUACCCCUGCCAUCAAUGUGGGAAGAGUUUCCGUUCCUCAAGUAAUCUACAGAAUCAUCAAAAAGUACACACUGGAGAAAAGCCUUACCACUGCUCUGAGUGUGGGGAGGGAUUCACUCAGCUACUACGUCUUAAAAGUCAUCAGAUAAUACACAAUGGAGGGAAGCCUGUUUGUGAGUUAAAUGUGAUUGUCAAAGAGGAGGAGGUUGAGAGGGAAAUCAAAGAUGAGGAAAAGCGAGAAGUUGAGGAAGAGGAGGACAAUAGUAGUGUAGUUGACCCAGAUACACCAAGACUGCCUGAUCGUGGUCGUUACCCAUGUCAUCAAUGUGGGAAGAGUUUCCGUUCCUCAAGUAAUCUAAAGAAUCAUCAAAGAGUACACACAGGAGAGAAACCUUACCACUGCUCCCAAUGUGGGAGGGGUUUCAGUGAGAAGGUAAAUCUUAAGAGACAUGGCAAAGUACAUAGUGGAAAGAAGCCUUAUCACUGCACCCAAUGUGAGAAGAGCUUUAAUUAUUCAGGAAGCCUUAAGGAACACCAGAGAAUACAUACAGGGGAGAAGCCUUACCACUGCUCUCUAUGUGGUAAGAGUUUCAGUCAGCCAGGAAACCUUAAGAAACAUCAGAGAAUACAUACAGGGGAGAAGCCUUACCACUGCUCUCUUUGCGGUAAGAGUUUCAGUCAGCCAGGAAACCUUAAGAAACAUCAGAGAGUACAUACAGGCGAGAAGCUUUACCACUGCUCUCAUUGUGGGGGGUUCACUCAGCUAAGAAGUCUUAAAAGUCAUGAGAAAAUACACAUUGGAGGAAGCCUGCCUGUGCUUUCAAUGUGA